CUGACUGUGCAAAUGCCGAGAGAACACGUGAAAGAAAUACUAUUUUACACAGUAUUUUACUCGAAUACAUGAAUACAAGUUCGGUGAAGAGCGUAUUGAAGUAACUAAUGUGAUGGAAUCAAUAAACCAGUGCCACUGCUGCCUGCAGCGGCCUUCGCAGAAAGAUUUGAGGACACCGUACACACUUCUCGGCAUAACGGAAAUAUACUCGGUCAUGUUAGAAGAAUGCUUUGCAAUGAAACUAACAACAUGGGAUGAGGGCGAGAGUGGUAUCUGCGAGGUCUGUCUGGGGCGGCUGCGGGAGGCGUGCCUCUUCAAGCUGCAGGUGCAGCACUGCCAGGCGGAGCUGCAGGAGAGGUUCAAAGGAACAUUAAGUGUCAAAGACGAGGAAGCCUUAAAAGAUGAGCCCCUUGAAGACGGCGCGUGCUGCGAGUCUCCUGAGCCUUCCUUAACUUCAGACGAGGAGCCCCUGGGGCCGCCGCCUGAAGAUGAGCCGGAAGACCGAUAUCUGUUACUGAAGCGACCAGUAAAGGCGGUGCAGUCGUUGCUCCGUUUAAAAUAA